AUGUCCUCAAUUGAGCUCGACGCAGAGGCCAUUUCGGCCCUGCAUAUCCCCGCGGUCGGCGGCAAGAUCACUGAAAAGCUCCGUGAUGGGCUCGCCAAGGUCCAACGUGUUCAAACCCGUCAUCGAGUCAAUAUUGUCGAUCACUGGGGCGGAUCGCAAUUCUUCAAUGGAGCGAAGGUGUUGGAGAUUGGCUGCGGUCAAGGAGACAUGAGCACAGUGAUUGCUACGGCGGUCGGGUCUGCAGGGGCUGGCCAGAUCACUGCGUGGGACCCCGCGCCUGGAUCGUACGGAGCACCAUUGACCAUGUCUGAGGCUCACGAGACUUUGACAUCGAACAAAGAGCUGGACAACCUCAAAUUUGUCAUCGACAGCCCUAUCGACACUGUCUUGACCAGCGAGGCGUCCUAUACCCACGCUGUCCUCGUUCACUCGCUGUACUACUUUGAAUCCGAAGCCGUCCUGCUGGAAACCUUCCGGCGCUUGGCGACAAACACACCAGCCAUCAAAUACCUCUGCUUGGCAGAAUACGCCCUUAGAGCAGAUAUUGUGGAACAGGUCCCACAUCUUCUCUCCGUUCUCGCUCAAGCCGCUGUUCAUGCUCUUCAUUCUGACGACAAAGCUACGAACAAGUCCCCGUCGAGCAACGUCAGGACCGUCGUCGGUCCCGGGAGGAUCAUCGAGCUCGCAACUGAAGCCGGAUGGAAGCUUUGCACCAAGGACGAUGGCUCAAGUCAUGAAGCGACCUUCACACCCGAUGCAGACCUACAAGAUGGAUCUUGGGAAGCGCAGACGGUCGGUGACAAGUCCUGGGAAUUGGACAUAAGAGGCGAGGGCAAUCAGACCCGAAAAUCCGCUGCCUCGGCUUUGGAGGCGUUCCAGAACUCUACAGCGACCUCAUUGACAUCUCUCCGGGCUACCUCGCGCAAGACCGCGACUAUGCCAGUCUGGUGUGCCGUAUUCGAGCGGAAGAGCUGA